CUCGCUGCCUGUUUCAACUGAAAACGUUAUUGGAAACUUCAUAAGAAUUUUUGUGUGUUAGCGUUAGUAUAUUUUUCACUGGCUGCAUACGCUUACGCGGCAACGUCCUUAAAAUGGUGGUCAAGAAGGCGAAAGGAUACCGAAAGUUGGUUAUGAAAGUCAUCCAUGGCCCGAUCAUGAAGACCAAUAUACCAGCAGGUGCCGCUGCACCAGGACCUCCACUAGGGCCGAUGCUUGGCCAGCGUGGGUUAAACAUUGCCGUAUUUUGCAAAGAUUUUAAUGAGAAAACCAAAAAUAUUAAAGAAGGGCUUCCUUUGCCAACAAGAGUGAAGAUAAACCCUGAUCGUAGUUACGAAUUAACCAUACAUCGACCGACGCAGUCAUAUUUUAUCCGUGCAGCUGCCGGGAUUAAUCGCGGCGCAAUGAUGGGAACUAAGGAAACCGCGGGUAAAAUAACUCUGAAGCACGUCUAUGAGAUUGCAAAAAUUAAAAGCGAAGAUCCUCCACUGGAGAACGUAGAUUUAAAAGAGAUCUGUGAAGAUAUUAUUGACCAGUGCCGCCGAAUGGGUGUGCAAGUUGUUCGGGAUCUGGACGCCGAGGAAUAUGGCAGAUUCCUGGAAGAACGAAAGAUUGUUGUAGCCGCUCAGCUCAAGGAACUUGAGGAAAAGAAACAAGCUAAAAUGCUAAGAACAACGAAUGCGGCGUAAUGAGGGAAUGCAAAUUUCUCGUCUGGAAAGCACGAAUGUUUGUGUGGAUUGUGUUAUUGUUUGCAUUUUAUUGAAUCCUUGUAAAUAGUAAACGAAUUUAACUGUCUCCGUAAAGCAUAUUUGCGAUUACUUGUGGAAAAAAAUUUCAUUUCUUGUAUGUGGCUGCUUCUUCAUGACUUGGAAGUUAGCAGUGACGAUACUAAAAUCAACAAUAAAAACAGAAA